AGCUUAACGAGCGGUAUCUCCAAAAGCGAUCACUCGGCUAAAUUGUACGACUACACUACGUCGUAUUUUCACGCCUUAUUUAUUCCAGAGUGCCUUACUAUCUUACUAUUUAUUGAUUUCAUAUCUUAACAUAUAAUUAUACAUCUAUUCUACUUUAUGUGACAAGGAAAUAGUAUUUUCAAUGAUGAUCAUAAUUUUUGCGUGCCAAAGAAACGCAGUCGGCAAUGGAUUUUCAAUGAAAUCUCGAUGAAACGAAGUCAAGUAAAGGAGAGACUAUUCCCUUGUGUCAUACAUUUGGUUAUUGCAAUAUCAUGUAAUAUUAUAAUCGCAACCAAUACCAAAGCGUGCUAACUAGUCCAAUAAAAUGUUUCUAAGACUUUUAAAAAUUCCCUUUUAUUUUAUUACUCAAUUAUUAUUAAUAUAUAAAAUAUGACUGAAGUAAUCGAAGAAAGUCUUUUUGUUCUUUUCUCUCUUUUUAAUAAAAUAUCUAACAUUUAAUAUUAAUAUUUCAUGUUAUAUUACGCGCUACAUGUGCGUGCACAUUGUGCAAUAUGUGCGUCUAUGGUUUGUCAGAGAAAUGCAGUCGAUCGAGAUCGCUUCUCGCUAGAGAGGCGCCAAAUGACAUCCGGAACGGCAGAGAGGAAGUGUGCGGUAAGGUAAGAAGGAUAAAGAAGUUCAAGUUAAAUAAACAGCGCAAAGGGCUUUUUUGUGUAAACCCGAUACUAAAAUAAUAUAUCCCAUCCCGGCGACAAAUCGGCCGGCAUUAAACGUAUCGUUUACGUGCUCCGCGCUACGUCAACAUACAAUGCUUCCGAAAAUUUAUAAAUGCGAGAUAAUGCCCUGCCAUGCUUAUUUCAACUGUACUCCGAAACUCCUGACACAUUUUACAUACGAUAUAUAAUAUUUAUACAAGCUAAAAGACGGUUGUUCAUGAAAAAAAUAGCGCAGUAGGACGCCUUUUCGAAACGAUUCUUCAGAGAAAAGUUCGGAGAUACUCGACAAGUUUUCUGUCUAACGUCGUUUUAAUCGAUGCAAGCGAGAGCUCGUCGCACAGCGAAUUAAAAAGGCGGCGAAAUUUCCUACUCGCAGAUAUGACUUGGCGCGUUGGCCCACGCGCAUGCGCCGUGCCAAGUCUCUCACGGCCGUUCAGUGCGUGAGGCGCAUUUGUGGAUGGAAUCAGAUGGAAUUGACAGCUCUCGAUCUAUGAUGAAACGUUAACGAAUUUAUUGCUGUGAAACGGUAAAAGUUGAGAAAGGAUAAUUGUGAUAAUGCGUAUUAAAAGCUGUGUGAAAAGAUAGAAGUGGUGAAUAUGGAAUUUGAUUUAGGUCAUAAUUUACAACGCAAUACUGAGUAGGUUAAUAAACAUACUGAUAGUAACGAGCAAACGGAAGCAAGACAAUGUUUAAGAAUAGAAAGAUAAAAUUAAAAGUUGGCGAAGGAAAAGGUCAUAAAAGAAGGAAACAUCCACUUGAUCUUUCUGAUAGAUAUUACUUAGCGUGAUAAAUAUUAAAAGACUAGAUAUCUGGAUUAUUUGAGUGUAUAUCUCUAAAAUUUAAAAAUAGUCAUUUGGAGAGGAGAUUUCUGAUGAUAAUCUCAGAGAUAAGUUUACUUCUGUUAAUGGAAAAUACAUGAAAGGAUAAGUUUUUAAAUCUUCAAGGAAGCUUCAUUCAUUUAUUGAUACAUUAAAUUAAAAUCCCUACUUUAUUUUUUUUUACGCUUUUAGUAUCUUGUUGAACUUAAUUUUGAUCUUGAAGAUGUUAAGAUUAAGAAAAUUUAUUUUCGCGUUUAAUCACAUAAUAUUUUUAAUUUAACUGUAUAAACUCCAAAAUAAAAAAUGUAAAAAAUUGGCAAAAAUAUGCAUUCUCAGAUCUUCCCUGAUCGAAGUGAAAACCAAGAAUCUCAAAAAACACGAGGAGUAUAACAAAAUUGGAUGCAGUAUAACAAUCGGCGAGGAAAGAAAAUAAAAAAAGAAGUUGUAGACUACGGUGCGGAGCGGAGCGGAGUGGAGCGGAACGGAGCGGAACGCGGCGCGGAGAGCUCAGUAGACUGCCAGAGUGCCGACGGGAGACGUCGAUCGAUCCUCGCUUCAUGCGUCGUUUCGUACGUGCGUGAUAAAACGCGCAACUUCACGAUGUAGCGGCAGGAGGCUCGGAGUGGCGGAACAUCGGAUCGCUGAUCGGAUCGGCUUGCUGCUGCUCGCGACACAUCCGAGCCGAGCGAUUGGACGCAAAAAGUCGCAACGAGAUCUCGCGUCGCGUCUCGGAUCUCAGGUAAGCUUCGGUGAGUCCUCGACAUCGCGCGUGCACACACACACACACACACACAUACGCGGAGAGAGAAACCUAAUUCCGAGAACGUGGAGCCCUCGCGGGGCCAGGUGCCGAAGCGCGAGUCGUGAGACGGGCGUCAAGAUGGCGUGUGCCACGAGCACAGCUGUUGUUUACCCACAAACCCGUGUGGUGCGGGCCACUGGCUGCUCCUGCUGCUGCUGCUCGUGGUAGCUCGUGGAGUGCCGUCGUUGCUGCGUUGAGAGGGACGAGCACUGUGUGCGCGGCGCGACGUGUCCUGGUUCCCCUCGUCGUCGUCGGGACGAUGGGAGAUGCCCGACGCGGGACUAGCGAGUUCUCGGAGUUGUAACGCGUAGAUCGCGAGGGAAUCGGGAACGUGACGGGAACGUGACAACAACGACGACGACAGUCACGACGAGGACGACAGCAGAACGACGACGGUGGCGGCAGCGGAGGCAGCAGUGGUGUGGUAGUGGUGGUGGUGGUUGUGUCGGUGGUGGUGGUGGUGGUGGUGGCGGCGGCGGCGGCGGCGGUGCAUCAUUGAGGAAAAAACGGACGCGCGAGGAAGACGCGCUCAAUGGAAGAGGCUAGCAGGGCCACUGGCGGCGGCAGAAGUCACCAAGUCAGCGAGCAACAAUCGAGCGCGAGAAACUAACCUAUUUGCGUCCGCCAUCGCUCGGCACGAGGACGACGGCGAGGAGGACGACGGCGGCGGCGGCGGCGGCGAGGCGGCGCGAUCGGGCAGAGUCGUUUCCGAGGGAGAAAGUGGCGAAGUAUCACCAUGAACGCCAGGACACAGCUGUUUGAACUGAGCAUGGAGGGACGGCAGGUGGACGAGGCGGUGGCGAGCAUAUUCCACAGCGUGCUCUUCCACCGAAGCCUCGGCAAAUUCAAGUACAAACAGGAGGGCAGCUACUCGGUGGGCACUGUGGGAUACCAAGACGUGGACUGCGACUUCAUUGACUUCACUUAUGUCUGUUGCUCGUCGGUGCACCUCGAUCAGACGCUGAAGCGCGAGAUAUCGGGCUUCUCGGAGGCCCUGCGCUCCACCGAUAGCCCGGGCUCCGGUCAGAUAUCCCUAGAAUUCUUCCAGAGGAAAAAGAGCCGCUGGCCGUUUCAACCGGAGUGCAUUCCGUGGGAGGUUUGGACCGUGCGCCUCGAGCUCAUCAAACUCGCCACUGAGCACGAACGGCAGAUAUGUCGGGAGAAAGUGGGGGAUCUGCUGACCGACAAGAUCCUCUACAUCACCGAGGUGAUGAAUCGGCACGAUUACAUACCAAAAGUGCCGAGUCAGGCCGAGUUGGACCUGAUAUUCGACACCUCGUAUCCGGACAUACAGCCGUACCUCUUCAAGCUGUCCUUCACGACCUCCAGUCCGUCGACCACCACGAUGGGCAACACCAUGAAGAAGUUGAUAAGAGAGACGCUGUCCAUUUAGUCGUUGUAACGUGUAGUCUCGAGUUCUCGCAUUAGUACACUCGUGUACCCUGAGCUACACGACUCCACAGUCAUUCGAAAAGUGCGAAGCCAGCUUUCUUUCUCUUUUCGUUUGUGCACCCAUUUGACGCAUGUAUUUCCGUUCUCCGCGCUGCACCGCGAUCUUGUUUUACACACCGACACACUAACUGUAAUUAAUAACUGACUCAGCGACUCUAACCCGCCGGCUUAGCUGUUAUCACGAGUACCAGGGAGAAUUCUAAAUUUGCCGAACUCGCUGCGAAAGAGGCAGAGUGUCUCCUCCGAAGUCCUUGGAAGGAUCUGCCUCGGGCGGAUAUCGUCAAGAGUACUUUGCCUACAUGUUAGAAUCCGUCGGAUUUUGUUGCGUGAAGCAUGCAUCGUGGCAUCAUCACGUGGAAGACAUCACUUACAACGGAAGUAACGCAUCACAGGGACACUUUCGCUGCUGCGUGUCUCUAAUGUCUAUAUAGUACAAAUGAACACGACACUCGUGAUACUUGCUUUUUUUGUACUUUACUAUGAACGUCCGCCGUAUAUAAUUUUUAGCAGGAUCAUGUUAGUCACCCUUCUCAUUUUACGGUUUUUACGCGACAUUUUACGUUGCAUCACUUAACAGUCUCCACAGGCGGCAACACUUGUGGCAGAACAACGUUAUGUUCCUGUCCCUUCUCAUACGUUUUUUUUUCCCUUUUUUUUAAUGCUGUGUACCUAGGAUAGUCUCGACAACUUCCCGAUCUUCAUCUUCGCGCGUACAAGAAGAUUAUUUGAGUUAGGAAUAAGGAUGCGGAUAUUUUGAGCUACUAGACAAAGUGCAGGAUGUUUUUUCAGAUUCUUUAAUGUCCAGUAGGAUGAUCUUUGAAUGACGUAUCUUAAUGGUACUCGUCACUUACUCCUUGACAAACUCCUCCGAUUACAUGGCGGUAAUUGUAUUCGGCGCUGUAUACUCUGUUUUUCAGUCACUAACGUUGAAAGUAUAUAUAUAUAGUUAUAAACUGGCGAUUAUAGAGUACUUGAAUUAUUCUGCAUAUGUACAUAUAUACAAGCGCUGCGUACACACAGCGCACGUGCACGCGCGUUGCAUGUAAAACUGCUGUUACGGCCUUCACUGUAAAUUUAACGCUAAAUAUCCGGUCGUGGUGCGUGAAUUUAGGAUUCGUUUCCGUGUAACGUGAAUGAUUGCAACAUCGAGUUGUAGAAGAAAUUCUGCAAUUUCUCUUUCCUUUCUUUCCAAUUGUAUUAUAUCCAACUUGUUUUGCGCUUUUCAUAUUUGCCUUGAAAUUCUGAAUUUCGACCUCGAUCGGAAAAGAAAACCUGAGCAAAAUGUACAUUUGCCGAUUCUUCUGGAUCAAAUUUUGAUUUGUGAUUCUUUUCAACAGAAAACGAGCAACGACCGGAGAGCCACAUUUAGCGUUAAAGCGUAAACGGCCGAGCGUUUAUUUUAUGAUUACGAUGUAUGCGUGGAAGCGACUGUUAUUUAUUUUAAAGAGUGAUGAUGAUACGUAACGUAAUGCCAGGCGUGAUGCGCGCAGAUUAGCAAAUACAAUCGUUCACACCGCUUUCGUUGGCCCCUAAGUUGUAAUAAUGAAAUCGUAAUAUAAGUUUACAUUGCAUUAACGAUUAAGCAAGCGCGACGGCCGCGAUAUCGAAGCGCACCGGGUGAUACGAAAGAAUCGCACGAAAAAUCGCAGUCACGUUUACAUUCUCCGAGAAAACGUUUCGUGCCUUCGUGUCAGAUUUUUGAUAGAGAAAUUAAAUUAAUGUGCUAAGGAACUAACAUACCUGAGAUCCAGACAGUAAUAUCGUUAUUAUUUAUUGACCGCGCGAAGCAACGCACUCUUCCCCGCCCCCCCCCCCCGUCUCUUGUAAAGCGAAAUAAUCUCGUUCUCGUGCGCAGAAGACUAAUCUGUGAUCCCUCACGGACGAAGCGUUUCUCUUCGGUUCCUCGUGAACGGCAAACCCACGUGUGUCGUUAAUGUCACGUCGUUUUUUAAGGCCCACCCCCCCCCCCCCCCCCACUCAAAUUCGCGGGAGCCGGGGUACGACGGAUGCAACGGGGCGCACGUCGGCGGCGACCCGCGCGCGGUUCUACACAUAAUUAUAUUGUACAAUGUAAAUAGCGUGUCCGAAAAUUCUAUGCCGUAAAUCAAAGACGAACGCGUCGCAACGGUCAUCGCGCGUUCCGCGAUCCGCUCCCGGCUCCCGACUUCCGUCUACGACCAAUCGACAAAGAUAUCACGACGCAUAAACAGUAGUGGCACUUUAUUAUACCGAGUUAGCCGUAGAUGAAGAGUUUGAACGCUAAUGAAUCAUGUAUCGUCCUUGUUGCUUUCCUCAUGAUGUUCUCUAAGUAGGUUUAACGUGUAAUUCGAGUGAUUCAGCGCUACGUAUUCGGCGACUCGAGCGUCACGGGUCGCAGCGGAUUGUUUUCUUCUUUCGUCCGAUCGAUGUGAAAGAGAGAAGGUAAAGGUAAAGGGGAUGGGAACACGGUGUCGUCGUCGUCGUCGAUAGUCCGCCGCUCUCUGCGAUUUUCUGUAGGCAAUCUCUUUCCCUCGCGCCACCCGGUACAUGCCAUGCACGAUUGUAAAAAGUAAAAGAAGAGGAAUCUCGCGAUAUUGGACCGCGAUACGACAUUAUGACAAAGAGAGGCGCGCGUACACAUGUGUACGGGCGCAUAUAUGUAUAAAUAUGAUAUAUACAAAGAAUAAGAAGAGAGAAAGAUAGAGAGAGAGAAAAGGAACGAAAGAGCGGGCGAAUGAUCACGUGUACAUGUGCGACUAGAGUUUUGUGGAUUUGUCAGAUUGCCACACGCUGUUAUAAAUAAAUAAUUAUAAAUAUAUAUAUAUAUAUAUAUAUAAAUAGCAAAAUAGAAGAUAAAACCGAGACCUGUACAUUGUGAGACGAAAUGUGACAAAAUGUGUAGUAUAGUAUAGCGAGGAAAAUGAAAUAUCUGCAAGUGUUUUUCUUUUUAAUUUAUCACGAUGAGUACGCUGACGAUAAAUGAGUAAUUAUUAAUAAAUUACUGUAUUUUAUAA